AUGCCGGCAAAAUCGUCGGUGAAGCGCAAAAAACUAAACUCCCGUCGAGUCGAGUGUCAAUCCCGAGGAAUGCAGCUCAAAAAAAUGGCCGGAUUCAAGGCUGCGCCCGAUGCGACCAAAAUGACCUCCACCCCCACCUCUGGCAAGACUCAGAAGCGAAAGCGAGAUGUCGAAGCCACCACUACAAGCACGCCAACGCCCACCAAAAAGUUUAAGAAGCGUGAAAUCCAGUCCGUCGAUGAGGGUAGCGUCAAAAAGCGAUCGAAGCUUAAGGACAGGCUUCAAGGUGAAGAUUCACCGGCAUCGACCCGGAAAGAAAGUACUGUCUCGGCCAAGCGCCGCAAGACGCCUGCUACAAACUCGGACGACCGCGAGGAUAAAGCGGGAAAGAAGUCAAAAAAUGGCAAACGAAAGAGCGCUGAGAAGAACUCUGGGCCGAUUGACGAAACUGCAUCUGUGAGCUCGGAGCCUUCAAGUGCUGAUGAAGCAGAAGUGCCCGCCGAGGAGAAGUCUACGAAGAAUAAGCACGCCGGGCUUUUGUCCAAAUUCGAGCGAACGAAGACCGCUGCCGCUACAAAGGCCAAAAAGGCCAAGGUUGAGAUUGAAAAGCCCGAGGAAGAGACAGCCGAGCCUGUCUUUGCGAAGGGCCUUGAACCAUUGCCCCAGCCUGAGAAUCCUGAGGAGCUCGAGGCUCUACCGACAUAUUCGUCUUUACCAGAAUGGCUGGCAAAUCCACGACGGACAUCGACCAAAGAGCGAGCCAAGUUUUCCGAUCUUGGCAUCAAGUCCGACCUUUUACACAUCCUUGAAGAGCGCGGUUACAAGGAAGCUUUUGCUGUGCAGUCCGCUGUCAUCCCGCUCCUUCUUGACAAUAACAACAACUACCACCCCGGUGAUGUUUGUGUUUCCGCAGCCACCGGUUCCGGAAAGACCCUCUCCUACGUACUCCCGCUUGUUAGCUCCCUCAAAGCUCUUCCCGCGUCAAGACUGCGGGGACUGAUCGUGGUCCCCACUCGAGAGCUGGUGCGACAGGCACGUGAAUCAUGUGAACUUCUUGCCACUAGAUCCGGACUUCGCAUCGGAAGUGCCGUGGGUAAUGUGGCCAUCAAAGAUGAGCAAAAGCUUCUCAUGCGAGUGGAUCAAGUGUACAACCCAGCCACAGUCGCUCAGCGACAGAACCCAGGCCUACAGGGGGGCGACUGGAUUGACUUCGAUCUUGAAGCCUGCGUCAACGAAGCACUCGGUACCAAUGAGUACCUCCCGGGCCAUAUUCAGCGAUUUGAGCCCAAUGUCGAUAUCCUUAUCUGCACACCUGGCCGACUGGUGGAUCACAUCCGUUACACCAAGGGUUUCACUCUCAAGUAUCUGGAUUGGCUCGUAAUCGAUGAAGCCGAUCGUCUACUGAACGAGAGUUUCCAAGAUUGGGUUGAUGUCGUGAUGGGCUCACUGGACUCUCGCCAGGCCCCUGAGACUUUCGGUCCCUGUGGCAAGUUUUUGUCCGACAUGAAGCUUUCCAUGGCUGCCAAACCACCGCGAAAGGUUAUUCUCAGUGCUACCAUGACCCGUGAUAUUUCUAAGCUCAACUCAUUGCGCUUGGCAAAUCCCAAGAUGGUCGUGGUUGGGGCUGAGAAUACCUCCGAGGCCACUGAUCUCUCCGCCGACAGAGCAGACGCCUCUUACGACUUGCCGCCAACUCUGCACGAAUACAUGGUUCCUGUUGCGGAGGGCGCUCACAAGCCUAUUUACUUGCUGCAUCUUCUUGAAUCACACAUAAAGAUCGCCGCAGCGAGCAUUACCACCGAUGACGCCGACAGCGAUACUUCGGAAGACAGCGAUGAUACCAGCUCCGAUGAAGAUUCGUCUGACUCCGAUUCCUCUGAUGACUCGGACUCGGAUUCUGACUCAGAUACUGAUUCCUCAAGCGACUCAUCAAGUGAUUCUGAUGAGGAAGCCGAUCCCCCUGCAAAGUCGGAUACACCUCGCUCGACUGUUCUCGUCUUCACCAAGUCUUCCGAGUCCGCAUCACGACUUGCUCGCCUCAUCACUCUGACCAAGCCAUCGCUUGCCAAGCAGAUCGGGGUCAUUGUCAAAUCUAACAAGUCUGCGGCCUCUCGUAAGACUCUGUCUGCUUACCGACGAGGCGGAAUCUCGAUUAUCAUCGCUACGGAUCGUGCUUCUCGUGGUCUUGAUCUGGAGUCGCUGACGCACGUUGUCAACUACGAUGUUCCCCACAGCAUCACCACCUAUGUCCACCGCGUCGGACGUACUGCCCGGGCUGGUCGCAGUGGAUCCGCCUGGACUCUGGUUGCUCACCAUGAGGGACGCUGGUUUUCUACCCAAAUCGUGAAUAACCUCGAUGGCCAAAUUACACGCUCGUCCGGCAUUGAUCGGGUGAAUGUGAAGGUCGACAAGAACUCGACGACCUUCAAGGGUUACGGAGCUGCUUUGGAGAAGCUAGAGAAGGAGGUCAAGAUGGGCGGGGCAACCAAGUCCAAGUCCAAGUGA